AAUCCGGCGAGGGCAGCGGCGGCGAGGUUCGUGCACUCAAGCGUCGGGAUGCUCGGCGAGGAAGGGAAAGCCGCCGACAAGCUUGCUCGGGAGGCGGUUGGGCGCGAGAUACAGCAGAAGAAAGAGGAGCUCUAUGACGUGAUCGCCAAGGCGGAGAAGAGCUUCUCGACCUGUAACUUCCAAAACAUGCGUCUCCUCCAGCAUCUCUCCGUGCAAGUCAAUCCACGGCCAUGGGAUUCCGAGUGGCGCCAGCUUCGGUUUUCGAGGAGGGUGAACGCCGUUAUGGAGAUUGCGGGAUUCAUCGCGUUGGGUGGCCUGGCUGGGUAUGGGUCGAUGCAGUACAGCAAGUGUCGUGAAGCGAGGAAGAAGCUUUGGGUGGCCAUGAUGGUGGAAGAGCAGGAAGCAUGACCUCAACUGAUAUCGAACUAGCCUUGACGCAAGAAGAAGCAAGAGCAGUAGUGUUUGUAACCCGGUGUUGUAGGAACGUGUAUGAUCUGAUAGCUAGAGCUUGAGUGCUAUUUUAUCAUGUCCAGUUUAAGACAAGUUGGAGUAGUAACUUUGUGCAAGUCGAGUAAGGUAGAACCUGAGCAACAUCAGUCGGCAAGAAGAACUUGGUUCUCUGAAGAGAGUUGGAAUGCUCUGUUUUCGUUGGAAGAAAUGAACGAAUGACU